GCGCGAACAGAGAUCACUGGGGAAACGGUUGUCGUCGAUACUACAAGACGAAGGGAGCAUUGCGAGAGCCCCGAUGUCGAGAUGGCAGAUGUUGAGCUGAGACUAGCUGCUACCAGUAAUGACGGAAGCAGAAGCCGUUCCCGCUCGGCGCCCAUGCGAAAGACGUCACUUCCCGCCGAGAGCGCUGAUGAAAUGUGGGAUUCCACGCCAGAGCCUGUAUUGAACGUAGCUGUAAGCCAGUCCCCAGGAGCUCGGAACAGCAAUACAAGCAAGCGUGUGACAUCUCGUGGAUUUCCGGCAUUGCCUGCAUUUCUGAAAAACCUGAUCAGUGGGCGUGGGGGCAAGGCAGCGAGGAAGAAGAGCCCAGUCGUGGUAACGAGAAGCCGUACGACGGAACCAAACACGCCAGUUGUAUCGCCAGCAGAACGUCGAGAUGCCGAUGCGCCUGUUCGUGCGCGUGACCAGAUGCACGGAAGCGAUGGCGACAGCCCCGGUUGCACAUGUGCAGGAGGUCUGACGCGCCUGUGGCAUUCGAAUGUAGUGCAUGGAUCUGAUAGAGCAUGUGCAAAACCGCCUGCAACGCGACCGAGCCAUCAUCUGCGGUUGCGUAGACGACGGCAAUUGGCAACCGACAGUGCUAUGGAAGUAGAGAGUGAAUUUCGUGCUGAAACAGCAGAUAGUCGUUGUGCCGCCGAUGCUACAACUGUGACGGCAGAAGAACAAGAAGGAGACGAGGGUGUUGCGGCUGAGCCGAGUACGCCAUCGUUUGGACCAGACGCGUCGCCAGCCGGAGAAAGUGCUGGCAGCACUACGGUCCGCGGCUCGCCCGCGAAUGUUGGUCUGAGCAGUCGCACAGCUCGAAUUUUUUCGCAAUUACAGUUCUGGCGGUGGGGUGCAACUCCUCGUUCGUUGGCAGUUCCGGCGUCGGCGGAAAACAGCGCGAUGUCGGUCGACAGUAAUACUGAUGCUGCGCAACAACCGUGGAUGGUGGACGUUCCUGAUGUGCACCAGAGCUCUUACUCGGAUGAGCUAGUCCAUGUGGUCCAACAAGAGUUAAGGCUUACCCAAUUACAUCCCGCAGUUGUAUCAUCAUUGGCUCCUUUUCUAGGAGGGAUGUUCUACUCUGGGAUGUGGUAAUCUUGUAACCUCUAAGACAGCCGUCAGCGAGUGCGGCAGCUUUGGGCACAGUGCGAGGCCGCAGCGCCGCGCAGUACUUUGUGCCUGGCGACAUGUCUUUUCCACAUUCGCAGGAGCGCGCGUUGUACCGGUAUGAUGGAUCAGGGGCGGAGCCGACUCAGCAGCCGACUCGCGCAAUGCAUACCCGAAACACUCACAGCACGGCCAAGAACACGCAGCGCGCACAGGACUUUUGCUUGGAUUUCUUUUCCGAAUCUCGAUACCGGAGAGGUUAUGAGGGAGAUUCGUAUAGCAGCGACCACGGAAGAAGGCAUCAGCAUGCAGAUAGUCGGGAUCGACGAAGCAGUAGCAACAGCCGACAAAGAGCCGACGAUGAUGCGUAUGAACGCAGCAAAGGCAGACGAAAGCAGAACAAGCAAGUAGAGCAACACGAAAAGCUGCAACAGCAGACGCAGAAUCGUCGAGGGCAACCACCUGUCGAGCAGCAGCGACACGUCCGACACCGCGCACAGAAUCAGCGAGACCAAAACAGACUAGUUGUGCCGAACGAGCGUUUCCAAUUGGACUUCGACUUCGGGGAUUACCAAAGCAAUGGAGGCAGUUCUAACGGUAGCUCGCCUGGGUAUCAGUAUGCGCCAGAGGACGAGGCGGAUCUGCACUUCGACACAACCUGUUCCUAUUUUCCGCGCUUCGGCAUCGAUGCUGGCAGCUGGUCACCCGGCAGUGCUGAUGGCCUGGCAUCUACGGAGUCUGAAGAAAUGCGGCGGAGGAUGCGGGAUGAGCAAGCGCGACAUGACUGGAACAUUCCGGAAGUCGGAUUCGCAACGGUUGAUUCCGCGCACAGUGCCGGGAUGUUCAGUGAGUACUCCUGCGGAACGACGGUUACAUCGUACUAAAAUGGUGUACUUCUACACCAGUGGACCGCAGUAGUCAAUAGUUCAACGAUUCCUCCUUUUCUUCUUCUUACUUCAGCGGAAUAAGUCAGAUUCGACAGUCUCACAGCCUUAUAUCAACAAACUCUUUGGCAUCGAUUUCACUGGCUAGAAAGAAGUCGGCGUUUGUUGUAGUUGCAGUUCAGUUUCGUGUAAGCUAGGCCGGCGCGGGCAUCUAAUGUGCUUCGCACCGUUGCAUGAACACUUGAUUGCCGCGAACUUCAUUCGGAAUGCUCUAAUAUGUGCAGACUUUCACCAGUUUUUCAUGAAUAUAUCUUGUGCAGACAUUACAUGAUUUCUACCUUUUCGGAGCAGGUGAACAGUUGACAACUACGACUAAGUAAUACUUCUUUUUUAUGGUUGUGACUACUGCUCUUGCAGAAUAUUGAUUGGCCGCCAGACAGUUCACGACUCAAGAUGAUAUAGUCAUGGAACAAAAGACAGUUCACCACUCAAGAUGAUAUAGUCAUAGAACAGAAAUUCAACGGCAGACAAGAAAUAUGUUUGUCAUAGCUCGUGAAAAAAUCAUUCUUGUAAGGCUUUGACUCUUUUUUUUCGGCAUCUUUGUCUAGCGACUUCACGAAAUUUGGUCUGCACGCAUCACCUGGCAUGAGAAUACAAUAAAUACGACGCGACAGCUUAUCAAAGAUCCGCAGUGUGACUUUGUGCUGCUGCUUUGAAGUAUUAAGUAAAUGACUAUUUAUCGAGCAAGCUUGCCUAUACCGAGACUUGAAUGCCUAUUUUGAUGAAAAGAUACCAUAGAAAAACUCUGGUUCUUUCAUAAGCCCAUUCUCUACUCUCUUGUGUCGUAGUAUUUCUUGAAUAUUUACAUCUGAUAAGGUUAUUUGUUGGUAGUAACCACCUUCUUUUGCUGCUCAUCUUCUAUGUAUCUUGGGCAUCGUCUGAAAAAAAAUUGCGUCGCGUCACCUUUCUCGAGUUUCUCAUAAAAACAAUUCGCGCAACCUGAAAACUUGCCUUUUCCUUGUCAGAUUGGCCAAUGCCUACCAGGCAGUCCUAGUAUAAUUCCCUUUUAUCCUCUCUUGUUAAACUACCUUAGACCUGGAAUAAACACACACAAUUGACGUUCCUCAACAUAUCGAGUUUGAUGCGGUCUCGUCUGCUAAAAUGCCACACAAGUAUUUCCAUUGCCCAUUGUUCUUUGCUCCUACGAUAUGCAGUUGCAAGAACAGUUUGAAAAAAUCUAAAGCACACUACAUCUCUUCCCUGA